AUGUCUGUUACUAGCGCUAGCAUCGCCUCUGAUGGAGGCACAGGGGCCAAAUUUACCUAUGCUACCACGGUGAUCGCUGGCGUUGCCUCGUUUGCAGCAACAUUACUCUCCGUCGUCUCGAUAUGGCUUCAGACGAAAAACUACCGGAAGCCCCUGCUUCAGCGCUACGUUGUUCGAAUCCUGCUCAUGGUUCCCAUCUAUUCGAUUGCGUCCUUCACAAGCAUGGUGUCGCUUACAGCGGCUGCUUUUAUCGACCCUGUUCGAGACAUAUACGAAGCCUUCACCAUUUACACCUUCUUCCAGCUCCUCAUCAACUACCUGGGCGGAGAAAGAGCCUUGAUUAUCAUGGCGCAUGGUCGUGCCCCCGUCGAGCACCUCUGGCCGAUGAACCACAUUCUACGCAAAGUUGACAUAUCGGAUCCGCAUACAUUUCUGUCCAUCAAGCGGGGGAUCCUCCAAUAUGCGUGGCUCAAGCCCAUACUAGCCAUUGCUGCCAUCGUCAUGAAAGCCACGGGCACGUAUCAAGAGGGAUACAUUAGCGCCAAGUCGGGCUACUUUUGGAGCGGAAUCAUUUACAAUAUCAGCGUUACUGUGAGCUUGUACUCGCUUGGUUUAUUCUGGGUCUGCAUGCACCGCGACUUGACGCCGUUUCGCCCUGUGCCAAAAUUCCUCUGCAUCAAACUUAUCAUUUUUGCGUCCUACUGGCAAGGCUUCUUCUUGUCCAUUCUCGUUUGGCUCGGCGCCAUUCCAGACAACGUCCAGGGGUAUACGAGGGACAAUCUUGCCGCUGCCAUUCAAGAUGCAUUGAUUUGCGUGGAGAUGCCGGCCUUUGCAGUUGCCCACUGGUACGCCUUCUCAUGGCAUGACUUCGCCGAUAACAGUAUUCUAUCUGCGCGCAUGUCCUUGCACCACGCGCUCAAGGACUCCUUUGGCGUCAAGGAUCUCAUCGAGGACUCCAAGGAGACAUUCCGGGGCAACAACUACGGCUACCGGGCAUUCGAUUCUGGAGACAAGGUCAUGGCCCACGAAGACUCCCAGUCACGCCUCGCAAGGAUCAACGCGGGCAUGAGAUAUGAGCGUGGAGGGAAAGCAAAAUACUGGUUGCCCAAACCAGGCGACGUCAGCGCUACCUCUCCACUGCUCGGCGGGCCCAGUUCAAGUAGAACUGGCGAUACAUUAUUUGAACAGCAGCAUGGGACCUUUGAUGAACCCGAGUUGGAUGAGGAUGAAGAGCGCUUGUAUAAUUCUGCAAGACAGUUGAAAUACGGCGAUUGGAAUUACCCCGUCAUCACAGCCAGCGAGCCACUGGCUGAGCGAUACCGAUCGUCGAUGAGCAGCCACAACGGUACAUCACCAGCCUGGUCGACCAGGUCAGCGCGACCACCGCCGCCGCAAGCAGCAAACUCGAACUCAGGCUCAUCUCGACAAUCAUCAUCCCAGCGAAUAGAAGAGCCACAGCCUGUCGUCGUCGUCAAGAAGAAGAAGAAGACGAAAAAAGUAGUGAAGCAUCCGGAAUCAGAUCCAGCAGGCCUGGGUCUCGGAAAAGGCGCUCCUGCUCAUUCUCCUGAUCCUACAGGCACAACUGACGCAAGCGCAAGUGUGCAGAAACCUGAGCCGGAAGAAGCCGGACAAGGGGGAGAUUCAGCAGCCACAGAUGAGGGACAGCAAACGCAUAGAUACCACGUGGAUGGUAGCGACGAGUUUUGCAACGUGUGGGAAUAA